CCACCUCUCACCACCAUGAUGGAUGUGAGUGAACUCGGAGAAUCAGCCUGCUAUCUCCGCCAGGGCUACCAGGAACUGAUGAAGGUGCACACUGUCCCAUGGGAUGGUAAGAAACGGGUCUGGGUGCCCGAUGAACAGGACGCCUAUGUUGAGGCCGAGAUCAAGACUGAGGCUACUGGAGGCAAAGUCACCGUGGAGACCAAAGAUCAGAAGGUGCUGACGGUGCGCGAAACGGAGGUGCAACCCAUGAACCCACCCCGCUUUGACUUGCUGGAGGACAUGGCCAUGAUGACGCAUCUCAACGAGGCUGCGGUGCUGCACAACCUGCGCCAGCGAUAUGCUCGUUGGAUGAUCUAUACAUACUCGGGCCUCUUCUGUGUCACCAUUAACCCAUACAAAUGGCUCCCAGUCUACACAGCCGCGGUGGUGGCUGCCUACAAGGGCAAGCGGCGCUCUGAGGCUCCGCCUCAUAUCUACGCAGUGGCGGACAAUGCCUACAAUGACAUGCUCCGCAACCGAGAGAAUCAGUCCAUGCUGAUCACCGGAGAGUCGGGGGCCGGUAAGACGGUUAACACCAAGCGGGUCAUUCAGUACUUUGCCAUCGUCGCUGCCCUGGGAGACGGGCCGGGCAAGAAGGCACAAUUUCUGGCAACAAAGACUGGGGGCACCCUCGAGGAUCAAAUCAUCGAGGCUAACCCUGCCAUGGAGGCUUUUGGCAACGCCAAGACUCUGAGGAACGACAACUCCUCCCGCUUUGGCAAGUUCAUCCGCAUCCACUUUGGUCCCACGGGGAAGCUGGCCUCUGCGGACAUUGACAGCUAUCUUCUGGAAAAGUCACGAGUGAUCUUCCAGCUGCCUGGUGAGCGUGGCUACCAUGUCUACUACCAAAUCCUCUCGGGGAAGAAGCCAGAGCUUCAGGAUAUGCUGCUUCUGUCUAUGAACCCCUACGACUACCACUUCUGCAGCCAGGGGGUCACCACCGUGGAUAACAUGGAUGACGGGGAGGAACUUAUCGCCACUGAUCACGCGAUGGAUAUCCUGGGCUUCAGUGUAGAUGAGAAAUGUACCUGCUAUAAGAUCGUGGGUGCCCUCCUGCACUUUGGCAACAUGAAAUUCAAACAGAAGCAGAGAGAGGAGCAGGCUGAGGCAGACGGCACUGAGAGUGCUGACAAGGCUGCCUACCUAAUGGGGGUCAGCAGUGGAGACCUCCUCAAAGGUCUUCUGCACCCUCGGGUUCGUGUGGGAAAUGAGUACGUGACCAAGGGCCAGAGUGUGGAGCAGGUGGUAUUUGCUGUGGGGGCCCUGGCCAAGGCCACCUAUGACCGACUGUUCCGGUGGUUGGUGUCCCGGAUCAAUCAGACCCUGGACACAAAGUUGCCCCGACAGUUCUUCAUUGGAGUCCUGGACAUCGCUGGCUUUGAGAUCUUUGAGUUCAACAGCUUCGAGCAGCUGUGCAUCAACUUCACCAACGAGAAGCUGCAGCAGUUCUUCAACCAGCACAUGUUCGUGCUGGAGCAGGAGGAGUACAAGAAGGAAGGCAUUGAGUGGACGUUCAUCGACUUUGGCAUGGACCUGCAGCCUUGCAUCGACCUCAUUGAGAAGCCUCUGGGCAUUCUGUCCAUCCUGGAGGAGGAGUGCAUGUUCCCCAAGGCUUCGGAUGCCAGCUUCAGGGCCAAGCUCUAUGACAAUCACUCCGGGAAGUCACCUAACUUCCAGCAGCCUCGCCCAGACAAGAAACGCAAGUACCAGGCUCACUUUGAGGUGGUCCACUACGCAGGCGUGGUACCUUAUAGCAUCGUGGGCUGGCUGGAGAAAAACAAGGACCCCCUCAAUGAAACGGUGGUCCCCAUCUUCCAAAAGUCACAGAACAGGCUCUUGGCCACCCUCUAUGAAAACUAUGCAGGCUCUUGCUCCACUGAACCCCCCAAGUCUGGGGUGAAAGAGAAGCGUAAGAAGGCAGCAUCGUUUCAGACAGUGUCUCAGCUUCACAAGGAGAACCUCAACAAGCUCAUGACCAACCUGCGGGCCACACAGCCCCACUUCGUCCGUUGCAUCGUCCCUAACGAGAACAAGACUCCAGGGGUCAUGGAUUCCUUCUUGGUGCUACAUCAGCUACGCUGCAAUGGGGUCCUGGAGGGGAUCCGGAUCUGUCGCCAAGGAUUCCCCAACAGGCUGCUGUAUGCAGACUUCAGACAGCGGUACCGCAUCCUGAACCCCAGUGCCUUCCCGGAUGACACUUUUGUGGACAGCAGGAAGGCCACAGAGAAGCUGCUGGGCUCCCUGGACAUCGACCACACUCAGUAUCAGUUUGGUCACACCAAGGUGUUUUUCAAGGCUGGGCUUCUAGGCAUCUUGGAAGAGCUCCGGGACCAGCGACUGGCUAAGGUGUUGACCCUGCUGCAGGCUCGCAGCCGAGGCCAUCUCAUGCGCCUGGAGUACCAGCGCAUGCUAGGAGGAAGGGAUGCCCUGUUUACCAUCCAGUGGAACAUCCGGGCCUUCAAUGCCGUCAAGAACUGGUCCUGGAUGAAGCUCUUCUUCAAGAUGAAGCCACUGCUGCGCUCAGCACAGGCAGAGGAGGAGCUGGCGGCACUGCGGGCCGAGCUGCGGGGGCUGCGAGGAGCACUGGCUGCUGCUGAGGCCAAGCGUCAGGAACUGGAGGAGACUCACGUCAGCGUCACUCAGGAGAAGAAUGACUUGGCCCUGCAGCUGCAGGCCGAGCAGGACAACCUAGCGGACGCAGAGGAACGCUGCCAUUUGCUGAUCAAGUCCAAGGUGCAGCUUGAGGCGAAGGUGAAGGAGCUGAAUGAGCGCCUGGAAGACGAGGAGGAAGUGAACGCCGACUUGGCCGCCCGCAGGCGUAAGCUGGAGGAUGAAUGCACAGAGCUCAAGAAGGACAUCGAUGACCUGGAGCUGACGCUGGCAAAGGCUGAGAAGGAGAAACAAGCCACUGAGAAUAAGGUGAAGAACCUCACAGAGGAGAUGGCUGCACUGGAUGAAUCUGUGGUCCGGCUGACCAAAGAGAAGAAGGCAUUACAGGAGGCUCACCAGCAGGCCCUGGGCGACCUGCAGGCCGAGGAGGACCGCGUGAGCGCACUGGCCAAAGCCAAGAUCCGGCUGGAGCAGCAAGUAGAGGAUCUGGAAUGCUCCCUGGAGCAAGAGAAGAAGCUACGCAUGGACACGGAGCGUGCCAAGCGAAAACUUGAAGGAGACCUGAAGUUGACACAGGAGACGGUGACGGACACCACCCAGGACAAGCACCAGCUGGAAGAGAAGCUGAAGAAGAAGGAUUCGGAGCUGAGCCAGCUGAACCUGCGGGUGGAAGACGAGCAGCUCCUGGGGGUCCAGCUGCAGAAGAAGAUCAAGGAACUACAGGCGCGGGCAGAAGAGCUGGAGGAGGAGCUGGAGGCUGAGCGAGCAGCCAGGGCCCGGGUGGAAAAGCAGCGAGCAGAGGCAGCCCGAGAGCUGGAGGAGCUCAGCGAGAGGCUUGAGGAGGCUGGUGGGGCCUCAGCUGGGCAGCGUGAGGGCUGCCGCAAGCGUGAGGCUGAGCUGGGCCGGCUGCGGCGGGAGCUGGAGGAGGCGGUUCUGAGACAUGAGGCUACUGUGGCUGCCCUGCGCCGCAAGCAGGCAGACGGUGCCGCGGAGCUGAGCGAGCAGGUGGAUAGCCUGCAGCGGAUCCGGCAGAAACUGGAAAAGGAAAAGAGUGAGCUACGCAUGGAGGUGGACGACCUGGGGGCCAGUGUGGAGACUCUGGCCCGUGGCAAGGCAAGCGCAGAAAAGCUGUGCCGGACCUAUGAGGAUCAGCUAAGUGAGGCCAAGAUCAAAGUGGAGGAGCUGCAGCGACAGCUGGCUGAUGCCAGCACCCAGCGUGGGCGGUUACAGACGGAGAAUGGGGAGCUGGGCCGUCUGCUCGAGGAGAAGGAGUCUAUGAUCAGCCAGCUGAGCCGCGGGAAGACCUCAGCAGCUCAGAGUUUGGAGGAACUUCGGCGGCAGCUGGAGGAGGAGAGCAAGGCAAAGGGAGCACUGGCCCAUGCAGUGCAGGCUCUGCGGCACGACUGUGACCUCCUCCGGGAGCAGCAUGAGGAAGAGUCGGAGGCUCAGGCCGAGCUGCAGCGGCUGCUGUCCAAAGCCAACGCUGAGGUGGCCCAGUGGAGAAGCAAGUAUGAGGCAGAUGCCAUCCAGAGGACGGAGGAACUGGAGGAGGCCAAGAAGAAGUUAGCCCUGCGGCUGCAGGAGGCAGAAGAAGGGGUAGAGGCUGCAAAUGCUAAAUGCUCGUCCCUGGAGAAGGCCAAGUUGCGGCUGCAGACAGAAUCAGAGGAUGUGACCUUGGAGCUGGAGCGGGCCACCUCAGCCGCUGCAGCACUCGAUAAGAAGCAGCGGCACUUGGAGCGGGCACUGGAGGAGAGGAGGCGGCAGGAGGAAGAGAUGCAGCGGGAACUUGAGGCUGCACAGAGGGAGGCUCGAGGUCUGGGCACAGAGCUCUUUCGACUGCGGCAUAGCCACGAGGAGGCGCUCGAGGCCCUGGAAACGCUCAAGCGGGAGAACAAGAAUCUGCAGGAGGAGAUCAGUGACCUCACAGACCAGGUCAGCCUCAGUGGGAAGAGCAUCCAGGAACUGGAGAAAGCCAAGAAGGCGCUGGAAGGGGAGAAGAGCGAGCUGCAAGCUGCACUGGAGGAGGCUGAGGGGGCGCUGGAGCUGGAAGAGACAAAGACCCUGAGGAUCCAGCUGGAGUUGUCCCAGGUCAAGGCAGAAGUGGACAGGAAGCUGGCGGAGAAGGACGAGGAGUGCACUAACCUGAGGCGCAACCAGCAGCGAGCAGUAGAGUCCCUGCAGGCCUCCCUGGAUGCAGAGACUAGGGCCCGCAACGAAGCGCUGCGGCUCAAGAAGAAGAUGGAGGGGGACCUCAAUGACCUGGAGCUGCAGCUGGGCCAUGCCACCCGUCAGGCCAUGGAGGCACAGGCAGCCACUAGGCUACUGCAGGCCCAGCUCAAGGAGGAACAAGCAGGGCGUGACGAGGAGCAGCGGCUAGUUGCUGAGCUCCGUGAGCAGGGUCAGGCCCUCGAGCGCAGGGCUGCACUCCUGGCUGCUGAGCUGGAAGAGCUGCGGACGGCCCUGGAACAGGGUGAGCGCAGCCGGAGGCUGGCUGAACAGGAGCUGCUGGAGGCCACCGAGCGCCUCAACCUGCUGCAUUCACAGAACACAGGCCUCCUGAACCAGAAAAAGAAGCUGGAAGUGGACUUGGCCCAGCUGAGUGGGGAAGUGGAAGAGGCGGUGCAGGAGAGGCGGGAAGCUGAGGAGAAGGCCAAGAAGGCCAUAACUGAUGCAGCCAUGAUGGCUGAGGAGCUGAAAAAGGAGCAGGACACGAGCGCACACCUGGAACGGAUGAAGAAGACACUGGAACAGACAGUGCGGGAGCUGCAGGCUCGCCUGGAGGAGGCAGAGCAGGCCGCCCUCCGCGGGGGGAAAAAGCAAGUGCAGAAGCUGGAGGCCAAGGUGCGGGAGCUGGAGGCAGAGCUUGAUGCGGAGCAGAAGAAGCAUGCCGAGGCCCUCAAGGGUGUGCGCAAACACGAGCGCAGGGUCAAGGAGCUCGUAUACCAGACGGAGGAGGACAGGAAGAACCUGGCUCGCAUGCAGGACCUGGUGGACAAGCUGCAGAGCAAGGUCAAGAGCUACAAGCGCCAGUUUGAGGAGGCGGAGCAGCAGGCCAGCACCAACCUGGCUAAGUAUCGCAAGGCCCAGCACGAGCUGGAUGAUGCUGAGGAGCGAGCAGACAUGGCAGAGACCCAGGCUAAUAAGCUGCGGGCAAGGACCAGGGAUGCCCUCGGCCCCAAGGUGAGAAGGCCUGUGUUGGGUGGUACUGAAGCUGGGCAGACAUAGAUAGCUCAUCUCUUUUUCAUCUCUCAGCAUAAGGAGUGACGUCCCAGGCUCUGAAGAGGGAUAACCACUGUGGUCCUGUUGUCCCUUCCCAUCUUUGGCCAGCCUACCCUCCCUGG